AUGCUGCACGAAACGCAACUCCGUGGCGCGGGUGCGGAAGCUGAAAGCACGGACAACAAUGCCACCGCCAGCACGUCUGCCAUCGGGGCUUACGCUUGGAAUGAUCCCCAAGGCGCCCCGGAUCCUGACCCCACGACCGCCACCAGCUAUUCUUCUGGCGGCGGCUAUGGCUACAACUACGGCCCAGGCCAGGAGCCCUCUGCUGGCGACGGCUAUGGCUACAGCAAUGGCAAUGCCUAUGCCGGAGCCAGUGCUGAGGGCAUCACCAGUGACGGUGCCGUCACCGGAGAUGGCAGGGCGUCAGCGAACAAUGGGCGGGACCAGGGUGUUGACAGCGUUGAAGGGGCCGAUGGCGGCGACACCGCCGAGGUGGCGGCCACCACUGCCGCUGACGCGUCAGCUUAUUCAUGGCCAGCCGAUCCGGAAGGCAUGCUGACAUUGCUGCAGCAGCAGCGACAGCAGUAUCGCUCCUGGGUAGCCCAGUGUGCGUCGACGGCGCUGGCUGCGCUGGACCCGUCACACAGCAGAACAGGGUCCUACGCAGCGUCAUACCCCGGCGGUGGCGGUGGUGCUUCGCCCGGGGUCGCCGGACCCUUCCCCGAUGGGGCAAUCCCUGACGACGUGUUGGGCCUGGUUGAGGCGAUGGACGUGGCAGGGACUGUGCGGCAGUAUAUGUUAUCGCUCAAGGCGGCUGCGGAGUCUGUUCGCAAUGCUGCCCGCGCGGGGGCCAAUUUUGAGGCGCUUUCGCUGCCGGUUUCGGAGGCGUACGACGAUCCAUCUGACCCGGCCGCUGUGGAGGCUGAGGGCCGCGCAGAGGCGGAAUUUGUCAGUGCGGCGUACGGCGUCACGUCGGCAAUUGCAACGGCGCGUGCCCACCUGCAUCAGCUGAAGCAGCUGGAGGCAGAUCCGGCAGCAGCGCUGGUGCAGGAGGUGUUGAGCCAGCGGCAGGCGCCUGCGGAGGGUGGUGCGGGUCUCGCGGCCGACGCAGAGGGGGGCCCAGUGGCGCAAUCCGCGGCGGCGGUGGGGAGCAGCGAGCAGCUGGUGGCUCCGUUGGAAUCGAAACUGGAGCGCGUCGGAGCGGGCCUGUGUCACCGCCUGCGCCAGGAGGCGGAGGGGCUUAUGCCGAAAAUCCAGUGGCCCCCACCACUGGCUGAUGGAGGAGGAAUGGAAGGGGGUAGAGGAGUCGGUUCUGCCGCCCCUGGAGUGGCUGGGCCGGGCUCGGGUGCGGAGGGGACUCUCAGGUCAACGGGGGCCCCAGCGUUGGGCUCCUCCGGCUCCUCCGAGGAUGCGCUGUUCCGGGGUUUCGAACAGCACCCCCUUCAGGCGCGCAAACUGGUGGGUGUGGGAUGUGGGGGGAAGGUGGGUGUCCUCACUGCGCUGACCCACUACCAGAUGGCGGUGGAGCAGCGAACUGAGUUCUACCAGCUGCUGUCGGGAGGGGCUCAGGGCUCCGAGAACAAGGCAGGAAAUGGUGGUGAUGGCGAUACGGAGGCGGAGGAGAGCGAUGGCGCCUCUGGAGCCAAGCCGUUGCUGUGGGCAGCUAAGGUUCUUGCGGAGCCUGUUGCGGCGAAGCUCCGUGCCCACUUCCAACCCGCCGCUCCCACGGGACGCUUGGACAGGCCGGCAUGGUUGUACUGCACUGUUUUGGAGUUUGUACGGCAGCACGGCCACGCGCUGGCCUCCCUUGACGACAUGUUGGCGUGUCUGCAGCUCAAACCACACUACAACAUGCCUGCGGAGUUUGCGAGGGCCAUGCAGGAUGCCGUACUGGCCUUGCUCCGAGACCUCCGUAUUCCUGCCCUUCUUGAACUCCGAAACCAAGGCAAUGAGGAAUUAUCGGAAAAUGGCAACGGCUUGGCGGCAGACGGGGAUGCCAACGGUGCUGCUGCUGCUGAGGCGGAGGCUGACGCGCUGUUGCUGGGCCUUAUGGACGCCUCUGCGGCGUACGACAUGGCGAUGCUACCGCUCCUGGGUGCGACGGGCUCGCGGGUGGAGGCGGAUGCGGCGCGGGGAAUGGCGAUGCUGUCGGCUGCUGCUGCAGCCGGAGGAGCAGUGCUGCAGCGGAGACGCGCUUGCGAUCAAUUUGAUCCCACUGCCGUCGGUACCGCCGACAUGCACGCGAGGUACGUGGCCGUGGCCGCCGCGGGACCGGGGCCGGCGGCAGCGGCAGCGGCGGUGGCGGUGGCGGCGGCGGCGGCUACUAAGAAGGCGACACGUGGGGCGGUCCCGCCAGCGGCCCUGCCAUCCCUGCUGCAGGCGUGGGCUGCGGCGGAGGGUGCAGCGGCGCUGCGGGCCGUUGAGGCGGUCGUGUACGACGAGUCGUCAUUGGUGCCGGCAGAGGAGGCAGCAGCACGAGCUCUGGGCGGCGGCUUCUCUUCCCUGGAGGAUGAGCCGCUGUCCUCCGCACCCCCCACCAGCUUCAGCGCCGCCGCCUCGUCGAGUCUGCGAAUGGGAGGUGGCCUUGGUGCCAGCAGCUUUACCGGCGGCAGCAGUAGCUUGAUAGGGAGUGUAGCCCCUUGGCAACGAGACACCUGGCCGCCGGUACUGGCUCGGGAAGCUGCGGCGCUGCUGGAUGGGCUGGUGGCCAGAUCCAAGUGGCUCUCCGCGAACCCUGUACAGCAACGGGAGUUCUUAGAGGCGGCCGCGAGCCCUAUGCUGGCGCUGCUGCGGAAGCGGCUGAGUCGGCUGCUGGAUCAGGCUGUUUCACGUGGGGAAGUGGUUUCGGAGGAGGGGCUGCCGAAGGUGUGCGCUACCCUCUGUGCCGCACACUUCCUGUACGACCACCUACAAUCGCUUCUAUUAACCGACCUGGCGCCGCUCGUACAAGCUCUCCUCGCGGCGGCAGCGCCGCCGCCAGCUGCCGCCGCUGGGGAAGCCGCCAGCGGCGCCGCUACACCGCCGAGUGCUACUGCCGGCGUGCCCGCCGGCAAGCUUGGCGCUGGUGGCGGCGGCUUCUGGAGUGGCCUAAUCGCCGUUGCGGCAGGCGGGGGUGGCGGCGGCGGCAGCGGCGGCGUGCCGGCGUCACCGGCACGGCUUGCGCUCCGUGACGGCGUGACAGCGCUGGCGGCGGGCGCUGGCGGAGGCGCCACCACCGCCGCUGCGGUGGCAGCGGCAGGUGGGUGGGUGGCUGGGUGUUCAGUAGCGUAUCGUCACGCAAUUGAGGCCAACCCGCAGUUCCCCUUCACGCCGGAAAGCGACGCGGAGGAGGCGGAGGACGGUUUCGGCGGCGUUGACGGCAGCCUGACAGCUUCGACCAGUCUCGUCCUGCUUCGUCCAUCACACCGUCCUUUGCCCCGGCGCUGCUUUAUCUUCAGUUCUACGUUUGUUACUCUCUUGCCCUGGCAGCAGCUUCAAUCGUGUGUGGUUCGUCUUUCCCUCCUUUCCCGCCCCGGUUUUUGCCGGCCCUCAAAAAAAACAUUUUUCCUACAGAGCUCCCUGGAGCGUCUCUCCCGCUGCUGUGACAAGGCCACCUUUUUUGACGUGUGGCGGGGGGCAGCGCUGUCCAUCAACCGCUUCAUGUUCAAUUUCAUCGCGACGGAGAGCCGCUUCACGCGAGCAGGCGCCCGCCAGUUUGCCGCUGACGUGGCGGGGCUGGCACAGCUUUUCGCGCCGUACAGUCGCCGCGGCGGUGGCGGUGGCGGCGCAGCAACCCGCCCAGGAUCCUUCACCAGUGUUACAGCCGCCGGUACCACUAUUGGCGGCGGGGCCGCCGCCGGUAACCAGCAUUUUCGUGAGCUUCAAGCUGCUGCUCGGUUGUUGUGUUUGGGUGAUGAGGAGGCCGCAGAUGUGAUGCGCCGGGCGAGCGCGGCGGCGGUGGCAGCAGCGGCCGCCACCUCCGCCCUUAGCCCAUACUCCCACUCGCCCCAAGCCCAGUCAUCACCCCAGUCCCAAGUCCAGUCACCUCCACCACCCAAGGCCCAGCCUCCGUCACCUCACAGCCACACCCGCGGCGACCCGGUCCGCAGCGGCAUGUCGUCCGACCCCAUAUUGAGCGCCGCUGGUUUGGCGUGUCUGUCUCCCCUGCAGAUUAUGAACGUCAUCGAACACAGCUGUGAUGACGACAUUGGUGGGUGGAGGGGGCUGUAGGGCUUCUUUCUUCAAGGCGUCUCAUGCAGGCAGUCUAGAUAUGGAAAGUAUGGUUUCUGUCUCUACGUUUGUGUGUGUGUAUUAUUGUCGGGUUUGGGGGCGACGCCCCGGGCGCGAAGCGUCGUUCGGGAGACCGAUGCCCCCGAUGUUCAAUGCUGUCAGUCAGUCAGCGUCCUGUCUGAUGAUGAACUCGCAUGCCAGGCUUACGUGAGAAUGGUAUUAAACCUGCUACAUUUCUCUAUCGAUUCACCGAAGGAGUUAUCACAUAAAUCUGUGCGCGAAGAUAGCUUCCCGCUGGCCAUGGCUUUGACUUUCCCCCACCUCUCGCGGCAUCGCACCGCUUAACUGAGGAUUGCAUACGUUGGUGCUGGGUAACAGUUGUUGGUGCUGGGUAACAGUGUUUCGUUAUUGCCUCUUUCCAAGUAUAUUUUCCUGCUGUGAGGAAAAACUACGAGUACCUAAUUAUAAGGUCGGGCAGAAGCUAAAGGAUUGCAUUUAUAAGCUACUGCAAUUCUCCGUCG